AUGACGAUGGAUGAUCGGGAUAUCCCCACGGGGCUUCCUAAGUCUUAUUGGUAUAGCGCAAGCGGACAGUCUGCCAAACAACCUACCAUUGUGAAGGCGGAUGAGAUAGCCGUGGAACAGCCAACAGUGAACGGGGUAACAAUGAAGGAGAAGAAGACGGACCACGUAACAGUGAAGGAGGUCACAUCCAACGCAUAUCAAACACCAGUGGAAUUUUGGCGAAACGCACUCGCAGGAAGUGAAUGUUCACCAUAUCCGACCCUACCGCCGUUUGUCGAUCAGCCAAAGGCAGACAAAGAGGUAGAGUACCAGUUUUCCCAGCCUCGGGAACUCUUUGAAGGUAUAUCUACAUCGACACUAGUCCGUGCAGCAUGGGCCUUGAUCACCAGUUCCAUAACAGACUCUGAGGAUGUUGUGUUUGGCUCAGCAGCAUCCAGAGGAGACGCAGCAAUUCCGGUGCGCAUCAAACUGAAUGUCAAUCAGAAAGUUCAAGGAUACCUAAAGGAGGUCCAACAGCAGGCCAUUCAGGCAAUUCCUUACGAGCAGGUGGGACUGGAUCAAAUUGCCAAGGCAUCUACCGACUGCCAAAAGGCUUGCACAUUCCAAACAGUCCUUGUCCAGUCACAGGGCGAUAGCCUACUGAGGCACUUCGGCAAUUAUUGUCUGACGAUACAGAUUCAGCUUGUUGGAGGCCAGAUUAAUGCACACGCUUCGUUUGACUCCAGAGUGAUCGAGCAAUUUCUUGUCUUUAAGAUGCUACGUCGCCUCGAAUUUGUGAUGCAGCAACUGAAUAGCGCAACCCCGGAAGGGGCGCUAAAUGAGCUCGAGAUUGUUCCGCCACCGGAGCUCGACCAGAUCCGCGAGUGGAAUAGCGGUGUUCCGCCAGUGGUUGAGCGAUGCAUUCAUGACAUCGUCAAGGAGCGUGCACAAGCCGACCCUGAAGCGCAGGCAGUAUGUGCAUGGGAUGGCGAGCUGACAUAUCGGCAGCUGGAUGAUCUCUCGUCCCAUGUGGCUUCUCACCUCGUGCAUCUUGGUGUAGGCCCCGAGAAGGUCAUACCGCUAUGCUUCGAGAAGUCGAUGUGGACUGUUGUGGCCAUGCUUUCUGUUCUCAAGGCCAGUGGCACCUUCAUCCUGCUUGAUCCUGGUUUGCCUGAAGGCCGAGUUCGCAGUAUCAUCCAGAAGGUGCAGGCCGAGACUGCCAUCACAUCCACGUCUUGCCAAAACCGACUAGCUCACUUCGUACAGCAAACAGUCGUGCUUUCCAAAGAAGCAAUGCAGUUAUUAAAAUCACAAAGCCAGCUAUUGCCGUCGCAGAUGCCAAAGGCAGUUCCUAGCAAUGCCGCUUAUAUCAUUUUUACAUCGGGUAGUACUGGAGAGCCGAAGGGCUGCGUUGUCGAGCACCGAUCUUACUGUUCCGCUGCGUUCGGCCAUGGAAAGGUUUUGGGCUUGAGCAAAAACACGCGCGCAUUGCAAUUUGGCUCCUACAACUUUGCCGGGGCUAUAAUGGAGAUGGUCAUGACCAUGAUCUACGGAGGCUGUAUUUGUAUCCCAUCGGAAGAGGACCGCAGCGUCAACCUGGCCCGGAUAAUUGGCAAGCUGAACGCCAAUUGGGCCUUUUUGACCUCGACUGUGCUGGCCCUCCUUCACCCAGAGGACGUCCCCUCGCUGCGCACAAUUUGCAUCGGCGGUGAGCCCAUUCGAAGCUCUCAGAUCAGGGAGUGGGCCCCGAAGGUUCGGUUGCGGCAGACCUACGGUAGUGCGGAGACCGCUGCGGUUGUCUCUUCAGCUGGAUUGGAUUCAUCCUCCGUGGUUACGAGUGUCGGAAAGGCGACUACAUGCAGGUGCUGGCUCGCCAGUCCCACAAACACCAACCAGCUUGUGCCAAUCGGCGCACCUGGUGAGGUCGUCCUCGAAGGACCAGCGAUCGGACGGCAUUACAUCGGCAAUCCCCGGAAGACAGCUGAGGCCUUUAUCAAGGCGCCAUCCUGGAGAGGGGCCUUUGGUCCUGUUGCUGCCUCGUCGAGGUUCUACCGAACAGGUGACAUUGCUUUAUACAGAAGCGACGGUUCCCUCGAGCUGCUGGGAAGAAAGGAUACCCAGGUCAAAUUGCGCGGCCAGCGGAUCGAGCUCGGAGAGAUUGAGCACCAAGCGAGACAGUCCUCUCCGGACUUGAAGGAAGUUGCUGUAGAGCUGACUGCUCUUGGCGACAGUGGUCCCAGAUUGGUCGGCUUCCUGGUGCUCAAGUCCAGCCAAGCAAAUGGCGAUGGUAUAAUUCUUGAUCAGCGGGUCAAGUCGGUAAUUCAUGCUGUUAAGAGCAGACUUGAGAGUGUGCUGCCCCAUUACAUGGUUCCAUCUGUACUCCUCCCUAUUCCAAGCCUUCCUCUUACUGCCUCUGGAAAGACCGACAGGAGAAUCCUUCGUCAGAUGGGCUCGGCAGUUACCGCGCAGCAAAUUCUGGAUCUGCAGCCAAAGUCAGAGUGGAGAAAGCGACAGCCAAGCACACAGACCGAAAAACAGCUGCAGAAGAUCUGGUCAAAAGUGCUCAAGAUUGACCCCGCCACCAUCGGUCUUGAUGUUAGUUUCUUCCAGAUCGGCGGUGAUUCUGUUAGCGCCAUGAAGGUCGUGAGUGAGGCUCGCACACUGGGCAUGAACCUGAACGUGGCAGACGUUUUCCGCCAGGAUACCCUCGAAGGGUUGGCUCAGCAGCAGUCCCUGAACGCUGAAGAGGCUCCCAGGCAACUUGAUGGGGCUGUUCUUGUCGAACCUUCCGUCAAAUCCACUUUGCUUGAGGAGCUCGAGUCGAACUUCGGCCUCAGCUCUGCAGAUGUUGUGGACAUCUAUCCUCUGACUGGCGUCCAGGAGACGCUUGUCACUGCCAGCGUAGCAUUGGGACCUAUGGCGGAUUACUUCUACCUAGAUCUUGACGCUUGCUUGGAUGUGACGGACUUGGAACGUGGCUGCAUGAGGGCGCUUGAGAAAUUCCCCAUUCUUCGCGCACGCUUUUUGCAGCUUCAGGGCAAAUACUGGCAAGUUGUCCCCCACCGGCUUGGCGAGGCCUUUCGCGUUUAUAACGUCGUCGGUGACCUCGAGGAAUACUUCCGUAACUUUUGCCUUGAGAACGUGAAAUCCAUUCUACCAACCCAAGCACCCGCAGCAUUCCUUCUCUUCAUGCAUGAUAAGGGAAUGCGAUUGACUGUGCGGUGGUCACACGCCCAGUACGAUGCCUUCAGCGCACCCCUUGUUUUCCAGUCGAUCUUCGAUGGUGACCAAGGGGAGAUUCCUGCGAAGCCAACCUUCCCCAUGUUCCUUUCCUACGCCGCCCAUCAGCGCCCUCAAUCCCUUGCCUACUGGAGACAAUUGCUUCAAGAGUCGCAUCUCACUCCAAUCGGGCCCUAUGUUCGCUCGGGCAAUUCUCCAAAUGCCAUGCCUGAACAGGUUCUCGGCGCAGCGGAGGCGCGUUUGCCGCAUUGUACCAGCAAGAUUACUCACGCCACUCUGGUUCGGGCAGCGUGGGCUGUCCUUCUCUCUAGCAUGUCCGGAGAAACUGAUGUUAUCUACGGCCAGGUGGUCGCUGGUCGUAACGCCGCAAUUCCAUCCGUGGAGAAGAUUGUCGGAUGCUGUCUGAAUACCCUCCCCGAGCGCGUUGAUUUCUCGUCUGUUGAUACUGUUGCGGAGCUCGUUCACUCCGUUCAAGAGCAAUACCUCUCAAUUGGAGACGCAGACUCGCUCGACUGCAAGGACAUCAUUGAGUACUGCACCGACUGGCCAGCUGGUUCGACCUUCGACACGAUUCUCCACCACCGAAACGUUGAUGAAGAACCCGCGAUCCAAACCCCAACCGGCAUUUCGCGCAUGAAGAGCUUCAAGAAUCCGCUCAUUUCUCCAUUCAUUUUCGUUGUAUCGGCCUCGCGGGGCGAGAACGUUGGCCUCGAGUUGUGUGCCAAUACUCAUAUCAUGGACUUGGAGACGGCUAAGGCCAUGGUGAGCAAUUUGGCUCGUAUCAUGGAGAAGCUGGUUACUGGCAUGCACAUGGCCCUGCCGGAGUGGAUGGACGAGGUUAAUUCGUUGGUCUCAUGA